GCUCCCCGCCUAAAAAAAAGGCGGGCGAGAAUAUCUUGCAGCCUCAUAGUAGGUACCAUGGUCCAUGUCGCAAUCGCGCGCUUUGGAGCAACGUCAAUGUCAGAUUUGCGAGGAUCAGGCCCGGAGGAUCUGGCACCUAAUCGUCGAGUGCCAAGCACACCGUACUUGACCAUGCGCUUGUUACCACAGUCAACGUCAACGGCGUGUGCAUGCACGGGUCCGACCACGCGUCCAUGCGCGCACUCCUCGCAGCCAAUCUAGCUUUAUGGGAACGGAAUGUGCACGGUAUGCACGGUGCGGAGGCAUCUGGCCAUCGCGACAUGACAGCUGCCUGGACGUCGAGCAGUGUUAGCAUCGUGCGCGUCAUGGUCGCAGGGCAGGGAAUGAACGAAAAGUGUCAUAAGCUCGAGUGAGUAGACGCGCUUGCUCCUUCUCACCAAACCAUGACAUUCGCCACCCUGCGCGCCCUCCACGCCCUCAUCGGCGCCGCCCUAGACGACAUCGAGCGCGUCUACCACGAUGCCGGACUCGCCUCCCCGCCCACUCUGCCUACCCCGUACUCCCCCACAUCCUCGUACGCCUCGCCCGCCAGCCCAUCGCUCACGUCGUUGUACGGUCCAUACACGCCCUACUCGCCAGUACCGUCUCCACACCCGCAUUUGCAUGCGCGCACUCCGUCGAGCGUGUCCGUAUCAUCGCUGUCGAGCUAUUCUGCGACGGAGGGCGAGGAGGAAGAGACAGGGACGCUCUCACUUGGGUCAUCGCACGCAUCACUCGCGUCCUUCGCGAACGCCGCGAUGAGCGCAGAUGCGGAGCUGAAGACGACGAAGACACAGGGCGGCGCAGGAGUCGCUUUUCCUCUCUCCACUCCGCCGACGCCCGUCAGUCCCUCGACGCCGCCCACGAAUGCAACGACAUCUGCUACGCCUACUCGGCCUGCGCGUACCUACAUCUCGACACCGAUCUUGACGCCGUCACAUCCGUAUUCAUCUUUCUAUCGAGGUGCUGAUGUCCAUGCUACCGCCCAGCCCUCCGCCUUUCCAUCCACCGUCACCCUGCCCGACUACCUCGCCGUAGCGCGCUCUACACAGAGCCUUGCCUCUCCUCCUCAAGCCCAAUCUAGCUCGCACCUCUACUCCGAAUCGUCCUCGCACGCCCAACAGCACAGUCCCGGAAUCCUCCGUUCAAAACAAGCUCAGUCGCACACGCAGAUCAAGCAUCCGACACCGGCCCCGACCUCCUCCCCCGCUCCGCGCCGUCGCUCACACACGCUCACAUCAGCGUCGUCCGCGCUCCGGCGCGUGUCGGGCUUCUUCUCUGGGUCAGCAAAGUCCACCAGUCCGCUGCCUCCGCCGAGCCCGGUGCUGGCGACGCCGGUUCGUGGUGUGAAGACGUUCGCAGGCGUGGGCGUGUGCCACUCGCAGGGUGCGAGGGUGGCGGGAACGCCGCCAAGCCCGAUUACGUUCGCGUCGCCGUCGCCCCCGGAGGAUGGAACGAGGAGGCGGAGCACGAGCAUGGCAGCGGCGAGCGCUGGGGUGAGCGCGACGCCGAAGAAAAGUAGGGCAAGCUCUCGACAAUUCGACGUUCCAGUUUCAUAUAACCAGGCGGAAGGCGCAUAUAAGCGCGGCUCGGGCGCAUAUAGUCAGGUGAAGGACUCAUCUGGUCGCACACCAGGCGCAUAUACCCGUCAUACACCCAACACUCCCACACCAGACUUGCCGCGCACGCCAAAGUCCAACGGCGUGCUACGGACGCUGAGGAGUAGUCCCGCACUGGGCACGCCGACGUCCUCGUCGGCGGCCUUUGAGCAGGCAAAUGCACUCGUUACGCCGCGUUCGGGAGACGGCGCUGGGAGGAAACAGCGCCCAAGGCCGAGUCCCCUUCUUCCAAGGUCUAUGGAGAUUGUGUCACAGCAUUGCCAGCCUCCGCCGACGCCUUUAAGCCUGUUCUCACUCGCGUCGGGUGUGUCGGUUGAGGAGGGUGAGAGUGGGCAGGAGGGCAAUGGCGGGUUUCCGUGUGCGAGCGAGGUGUCGUUGACGGCGGUUGGGAGGGCAUCUGCGAGCAGGACUGUGUGUGAGAGGGAGGGAUUGGAGCCGGGUUGGGAGAAAGAGGGAGGUGGACUUGCGGCUGCGUGGGAGGAGCCGGUGAAGGUGAAUGGGCAAGGGAAGGGAAGGAAGGAGAGGGCGGUAGUGAUGCUGGAUUGGCCGUCGUUGGACGUACCGGUGUAUGCGGUGCAGAGUGGGGAGGAGUCAUCUGGAGGAUUGCGUGGAGAUGGGAAGGGCGGAUCGCCCGGCAUGCAGUCGUCGGGUGAGCAAGGAACGCCACCGACCGCUCCUGAGACGAACGCGAGCGCAGGUUCGACUCCGAAGAGAGAUAAAGAAGAGCUUCAAGUCCUCUCGGAGGCGCUUACGACGCACCCUGCGGUGCUUGCGGCAGCGAGCCGACUUGUUGCUGCAUGCGGGCAACUGAGCGCGGCGGUACAAAGGCCAUUUUUGACGGUGUGUGACGCGGCGAUGGGAUAUCACCUCCCGGCGUGUCUGCGUCUGCUCGAGGCGGCGCAUGUCCCGGAGAUAUUGCGUGAGGCGGGCCCUCGCGGGAUGCAUGUACGGGAGAUUGCAAGGCGAGUGGGGGAGGUGAGGAGGGCCAACAGGGCUGCCGCGAGGGAAAAACACGCAGGGUGUGAUGGGGAUUGCGAAGAUGUCGAGGAAGAGCCGGCGUUGGAUGCUGCAUUGCUGAGUCAUGUUCUACGGCUGCUCGCGACGCACCAUAUUACCAGGGAGGUACGGCCGGACGUGUUCGCGAAUAACCGGAUUUCCGGUGCGAUUUAUUCGGGAAGGAGCCUGGAUGACCUGGGAAGAGCACCCGAGUCGAAGUAUGAUGGGACGGAUGGGAUCUCUGCGUUCGUUGGUCUAUGCACGGACGAGCUGUUCAAGUCGGCCGCAUAUAUGACGGAUUGCUACCUUCCGUCGUUAGAGGCGACCGUUGCGGGUGGCCCUUCUAAGAGUAAUUCAGAGGAGGCUCAACGGCAGAAAAGCAGGAAUUCAAGCACGGCAAAUGCUCAGGAUGUAUUCGGAAAGACGUCAGACGGAAGUCAUGCCAGUCUGGCGGACUUGGCUCUUGGCGAUGGCCAGCCCUCCGCUUCGCGUUCGGCCGCACAUCAUGAUCAGAGUGCUGAACUUUCCAAGCUCGUUCGACGUGCGCGGGCUUUUUCGUCCGCGCGGGCGGUCCCCGCAAGUCCGCCUCGCCGGAAAGCGCCAGACAUGCCGCGGAAGGAGCCAGAACAGACGAAGCGUGCACCGGCAAAGGUCUCCGGUAACCCAAUGCAUGCACCGUUCAACUUGGCGUUCAGGACGUCGGCGCCGUACUUUGAGUGGCUGGAGACGAAGGAGAACGCUGCGCGGCUGAAGCGGUUCGGACGUGCGAUGACUGGGACAGGCUCGUGGGAGGUGCCGGGUGCGAUUGUCGGUGCAUUUCCAUGGCAUCAGCUGCCGGCGCAGUCGGUCGUUGUGGAUGUUGGAGGUGGAAUUGGGUCGACGUCGCUAUUGCUGGCGCAUGCCUUCCCACAUCUUCGAUUUCUGGUUCAGGAUCGACCGCAAGUGGUUAAGAUGGGAGAGAUAGCAUGGCGCGAACGCUCUCCGGAACUGUUGGAGACCGGCCGAGCGGCUUUUCAAGCGCACAAUUUUUUCGCACCACAGCCGCUGUGGCCAGCUUCACUGCGUCAUGAGCGCGACAAUGAUGAUGCUGCGAGAGAGCAGGCUCCAAAUGGAUCCCCAGCUGUCUUCCUGCUGCGCGUGGUCACUCAUGACUGGCCAGAUGCCUAUGUGAAGAGAAUUCUCCUGCAUCUUCGCCGUGCUGCAGGUCCUGACACGAAGUUGUUGCUCGCCGACCACGUGCUGCCUCUGGCAUGCGUGGACGAAGAUCCUGAUCCAGAGUCGCCACACGGUAUCCAGCACAUGAACGAGAAGAUGAAGGCUCCUCCGCUCCCCGGCACGGUGCGGUCACUUGCGCCAGAGGGCUCGCCGUUACUGCCGAACUUGGGCAAGGCGAAUGCUAAUGCGUAUUGGCUGGAUCUGACAAUGCGUGUGACAUUCAAUGCGCAGGAGCGCACGCUUCGCGAGCUCCUUGCGCUGGCUGAGACUGCCGGCUGGAGGAUCGUGCAGGUGUCUCGUGCGGAGGGGUCUCUCUUCGGGCAUGUCACUGCUGUUCCGGUUGACAUUCCUCCGGAAAGCCUGGCACUGUUGGAUACGCCUCUUCCUGGUAUUGUUGAGGCAGAUGCCGGCGAGGGUUCUGAUGCAAAAGUCAAGAGCCCUCCUAUGGGUGACACCUUCUGCUCAUUUGUCGACCUGCCCUCGGAGGAUGCGUUGCAGAAAGGCGUUAGAGCAAGCAAGCGCGCGACGCAGAGGUGGCAAGCGCGUGCGACUGAAUGGAGGCAGCGUCUCGUGAAGAAGAGCUCUACAAUCUGGAAGGACCGGAGAGGCCAGCAGGCUGCUUCUCCGCUACCUGUUCCGCCUGUCGAGCUGUUGCCGGCUGCGGAUGUCGGUAUGGGUGCUGGGAAGCGUGUGAGCAAGGGCAGGAAGGCGAGUAUUAGUACGCUUGCGGGUGGGGAGGAUAGACAGAGGGAUACGAAAAGAGGACUGCGGCGGGUGCUGUCUCGUGCGCAGGUCAGUAGUGGAAUAAUGGAUCGAUAGCUUAAUUAUGAAUAAUAGAACUUAUUAUAUUUGCUC